CGCCAGAUUAUCCAUAAACCCAGACUCAACCCCGAGGUAUAGUCACCGGUGGUGUAAUAUGAUAUCCUCCUCCUCCCUCGUCUCCGUCUGUCCACCGCCAUCAUCGUCUCUUCUUCUCGGCUCCUCCCUCUUUCCCCAUCAAUUGCACACCUCCUUCGUUCACCGUCUUCUUCCUCAAAAUCAUAGUAACAAUCACAAUUGGAAUUGGCAGAGAAAUGUUCCCAAUGAUUUCCGAUACCCUACAUUCAAGUGCAGUCUUGCCAAGGCCAAAGACCCCCCUUCUCCAAGCCUUGAGAGUCUUAUUAGAGAACCUCACAAGUAUUUUGAUCAGGUGAUCAUAACAGUUCGUGCUGGAGAUGGAGGUCAUGGUGCUACUCUUAGUAUGCCUAACCCAAAGGCCCCUUCAAAAUUUCAAAGCAAAGAGGACAAAGUGAAAGCAAGGAUAAGAGGUUCUUAUAAGAGGGACUUUGAUGGAUCACUCAUCCUACCAAUGGGUGGACAUGGAGGGGAUGUUGUAAUUUAUGCAGAUGAAGGGAAAGAUUCCUUAUUGGAGUUCCACAAGAAGGGGCGAUAUAAUGCAAAACGUGGGGGAAAUGUUGAUACGAUGGGUGUCUUGACUUCUCAAGUGCGGAAUGGCUUAGCUUCCCCAACGUUGCGUAUUCCAGUACCUUUAGGUACUGUUGUAAAACAUAAACGAGGCAAGUUUCUAGCUGAUCUAGCUCGUCAUGGUGAUGAAAUUCUUGUUGCUAGGGGCGGUCAAGGCGGGAUUAGUUUGAUAGAAAUGCCGGAGCAUAAAAAGAAGAAGAUGAUGGCUAUGACAGCAAAUGUUAUGAGGGAUGAAAAUGAUAAGGUGUUGGUUAUUGGUCAACAUGGGGAGGAGGUCAGUUUGCAGUUAAUACUAAGAGUUGUGGCAGAUGUUGGUCUUGUUGGACUCCCUAACGCUGGAAAAUCUACCCUACUGUCAGCCAUUACGCUUGCGAAACCUGAUAUUGCUGAUUAUCCAUUCACAACUUUAAUGCCAAACCUUGGACGACUUGAGGGUGAUCCUAGUUUAGGGGCAGGGAAAUUCUCCUCUGAAGCAACAUUAGCAGAUCUGCCUGGUCUUAUUGAGGGGGCACAUUUGGGAAAGGGACUCGGCCGCAAUUUCUUGAGGCACUUGAGGAGAACUCGAAUGUUGGUCCAUGUUGUUGAUGCAUCUACUGAGGAUCCUGUGUAUGACUACAGAACUGUAAAAGAAGAGUUAAGGAUGUACAAUCCUGAAUAUCUUGAAAGGCCCUAUCUGGUGGUUUUGAAUAAGAUUGAUAUACCUGAGGCAAUGGACAGGCUUCCCUUUUUGGUUGAGGAAAUACAGAAAAUUGGAAGUGAUGAUUUACCUGGUCAGCUGAAGUUGAGUUUAGAAGACCCAGUCCAAUCUGUAUCCGAUGAGGAUAAAAAGAUAAAAGAAAUCGAGGAAUAUCCACGGCCAGUUGCUGUUGUAGGUGUCAGUGUUCUGAAAUGCAUCAACAUUAGUGAAUUGCUGAAGGAAAUUCGGUCAGCGCUAAGAAAAUGCCGGGAAUCUGGAGAAGCACUUUAACCAUCUUUCGAUACAGUCAGAAACAACAAAAGAUCGUGUAAGCAUCCGUUACCGACUUGCAUACACAUACACAUACACACUUCAAUAGACCUGUUAUCUGUAGCCAUUGCAGAAUGAUUCAGGGUUCUGAGAUUUAGUCCAGAUAUCAUCAAUUAGAUUAACUAGAGAAUCUUGUUUUGUUAAGACUUCUAUACAAAUUCAGUCAUCUUUCAAGAAAAGAUCACAAUAUAUUAUGAUCAACACACUGCUAAUGUAUAUAUUCAUCUCUAAGGCUUUAAUAUCGACAUAUUAUAUAAAAUCAAUAUGCUUUUUGUA